CCCCUUACCCUUAUACCCUUUCUUCUCGUACACUUUAAUUAGAGAAGCUCGCCAAGAUGAUGUCCAUGAACAGCAAACAGCCGCACUUCGCGAUGCAUCCCUCUUUACCGGAGCACAAGUACACCACUUUGCAUUCCAGCUCGGAAGCUAUAAGGAGAGCCUGUCUACAAACUCCACAGCUCCAGAAUAACAUAUUUGCCAGCCUGGAUGAGACGCUGCUGGCCCGCGCGGAGGCUUUGGCGGCCGUGGACAUCGCCGUGUCCCAGGGCAAGACGCACCCGUUCAAGCCCGAUGCCACCUACCACACGAUGAGCACGGUGCCAUGCUCGUCGGGGUCCACCGUGCCGCUGGCCCAUCACCACCACCACCAUCACCACCACCACCACCAGAACCUGGAGCACCAGGACAUCAUGGACCACAUCACCUCGCCGUCGCUCGCCCUGAUGUCCGGCGGGCACGACGGGUCCGGCGGAGGUGGCGGCGGUGGCGGCGGAGGGGGCGGCGUAGGUGGCGGCGGAGGGCUCAUCGCGCCCUCCUCCGCCCACCCGCACUCGCACAUGCACGGCUUGAGUCACCUCUCCCACCAGGCUAUGAGCAUGAACUCGCCGCUCACCCACCACGGGCUCUUACCGGGCCAUCACGGAGGGGGGCAUGGCGGCCAAGGACUCCCUAACGGCGGACUCCCCUCCAUCAACGACUCGGACACGGACCCAAGGGAGCUGGAGGCUUUCGCGGAGCGCUUCAAGCAGCGGAGGAUCAAGCUGGGGGUGACCCAGGCGGACGUGGGCGGCGCACUGGCUAAUCUCAAAAUCCCCGGCGUGGGCUCCCUGAGCCAAAGUACAAUUUGUCGAUUCGAGUCGUUAACUCUGUCCCACAACAACAUGAUUGCGCUCAAACCGAUCCUCCAGGCCUGGCUGGAGGAGGCCGAGGGGGCCCAGAGGGAGAAAAUGAGCAAACCGGACAUUUUCAAUGGCGGGGAAAAGAAACGUAAGAGGACCUCGAUAGCGGCGCCGGAGAAGAGGUCUUUGGAGGCUUACUUCGCCGUGCAGCCUCGCCCGUCGUCCGAGAAAAUAGCGGCAAUAGCUGAAAAGUUGGACCUGAAAAAAAAUGUCGUGCGAGUGUGGUUUUGCAACCAAAGACAGAAGCAGAAGCGGUUGAAAUUUUCCGCAGCUCACUGACGGGCAAACAAAAAGGAAAAGAAAAUGACAAGGUGAAAAACAACAAAAAGUUGUGUGACUGAAUUUGGGGACCAAGGGACACUUAAGACACCAAUUUUCAGUCUUUUGUCUAGCGAUUUUACACGUUGGUGCACAAUGGGUUUUAGAUACCCAUUUUACGAGGCUUCAUAUAUCUUGUUUAUUUUCACGUUAUCGGUGAAUGUGAAGUAUGCAAAUAACAGAUUACACAAAUUUCGCUCCGUUGUCACGAGAGGGAAGUUUCGCGGGGAAAACAUUGCCUUUUAACACACGCGGAAAGAGGUAUUUUGCUUCAUACUACAGCGGGUUAUUUUCUCCUAAUAGGACUAUUAUUUGAAGUAUAGCCAUUUACGAAUUACCUCAUUGAUUGUUGAACUGUGUUAUGGGGUUUGAUUUUUUUUUUUCGUCGUUGUUGUUAUAGAAUAAUUCAUGAGUCCGUUCAUUUAUUCAUGUGUUCAUUUAUUCUCUUUUGGAGGCUGCUAUGAACUCAAACUUUUAAUGCGAACGAGAAAAGAAAUAUGUUUAGGCCUGCAUGAAAACCUUCACGGGCAGUAAGCUGGCCUCCACGGGCCGUCACAUCUAGAGAUAUAUUUAUUUUGAAUUUGCACAGAAAAAAAAGACCCUUUAGGUUUAUAGAUCGGUUGUGUUGAAAUGGUUUUGUAUAUACAGACACUUUGUCACUUAUCAGAGGUGAACUCCUGUGUUUUGGAGAUACAUUUAUUAGGGUCCAUCGAAACCAUUGGCAUCGCAAGGAGAUGUUUCCAACAGAUCCAAAGGACACCUGGACGCCUUGUUUGCAGAAGAAGAAGUUUUCCGUCAGGUGUUUCCGUUUGCGGUGCAAAUUCGGUACACUAUGCAUUGGGGAAAGAAUCACUGCGUACAGUAGAGCUGUCUGCUGGUAGACCUCAAUUCUGUGGAUGGUGUGGGUCACUGUUAAAUGCCUGUUUUCACGUUGAGAUCACCACGUUGUUUGUCGUGUUAAUUGUUGCGGAAACGUUGUGUAAGUAAUAUUUUACUUUGUGCCCAAGUAUGUUUACAAAAACUGCGGCGACAUGUGCGUGAUGGAAAAUGUCCCACUGUCUCCUUCCCUCUCUCACAACUUCUCCUCUGUUGUCCUCUUUCUUUCAUCCUGUAAGCCAAAAUUCAACAGGGAGGUGUGUUCCAGCAAUCUUCUAAUAAAUUGAGGAAAGAAAAGAUAUGCUUUACUGGUUGUGAUUGGGCCCACACUGAAAAGGAUUAUGGAGGUUUUAAGGUCAAUUUUGGCGGCGUGCUUAAAGGUAUUUUUGUGGCCAAACUCUCUAUAAAUUGAGACCACGUUUUUUAAAUGUCCGUAUUGUUAUGUUAUUAAAUCACUUUAUUUUGACUUUAUAUAAAAUUGAAUUUUCAUUAAU